UUGGGGAGGAGGACGGGAGGGGGCGGGGAAAAGGGUGGGAGGUGGGUGAGCGCGCGCGCCGCCAGUCCGUCGUGGUUUCCUGGCUGCGCGCGGCAGUGGCAGAGUAGCUGCAGCUGUAGCAGCAGCCGCGAAGAUGGCGGAGGGGUUGGAGCGUGUCCGGAUCUCCGCGUCGGAGCUACGAGGAAUCCUGGCCACUCUGGCUCCGCAGGCCGGGAGCAGAGAAAACAUGAAGGAGCCCAGGCAGCGGAAAGAUAACAGGCGCCCAGAUCUGGAAAUCUAUAAGCCUGGUCUUUCUCGACUAAGGAACAAAUCUAAAAUAAAGGAACCCUCUGGGAGUGAUGAAUUUAAAGAUGAAAUUGUUAAUGAUAGAGAUUCUUCUGCUGUUGGAAAUGGGGUGCAGCUCAUUAAAGAUAUCUGCAAGGACCUGGACAACCAACAGCAAAAUGGUCCUAUAGACCCAGAAAAUAUUCAGGUACAGGAGUCCUUUCCUAGGACUGCUGGGCAAGAAGAUCCAAGCCUAAGAAUUAUCAAGAGAACAAAGAAGCCUGACAUGCAGAUCUAUCAGCCUGGAAGGCGUUUGCAGACUGUUAUCAAAGAAUCACCUAGCCGAGUAGAUGAGGAAGAAAUCCUCAACCAGGUAGAACAGCUGAAAGUAGAGGAAGAUGAGUAUAGGGGACAUAUAAAGGAGGAGGUUGUGAAUAAACCAGACAAAAAUGAGGCAGAAAAGAGCCUAAAUGGUGACAGAGUAAGGGUUACAAAGGGAGAAAAAGGAAAGAGGAUUGAAAAAGGGGAGGUGAUGAAGAAAGUGAACGAUGACCCAUCACAGGGGAAGCUGGGUUCUGCAAAGCGCUAUUCUCGCUCAGACAAACGAAGGAACCGCUACCGCACUUGCAGCACCAGCUCAGCUGGUAGCAACAACAGUGCUGAGGGGACUGGCCUGACUGAUAAUGGAUGUCGCCGCCGCCGACAGGAUAGGACCAAGGACAGGCCACGACUGAAAAAGCAAGUAUCUAUGUCCUCAACUGAUUCCUUAGAUGAUGACAGAAUUGAAGAGCCUGAUGGGCCCAGGAGGAGCUCGGAAAGGAAGAAACAUUUAGAAAGAAGCUGGUCUGGGCAUGGAGAGGGAGAGCAGAAAAGCAAUGGUAAAGAAAAUCGAGGCACUCUUCGUGUCACUUUUGAUGCAGAAACCAUGAACAAAGAUUCCCCUAUGGUGAGAUUAGCUAGGGAGAAUGUGGAUAGGAUAAAGCCUGACAAAGGCUUGAGCAGUGGAGGCAAAGGCUCUGAGAAGCAGGAGUCCAAAAACCUGAAACAAGAACUUCGGGGUCGUGGUCGUGGCAUUCUGAUUCUGCCUGCCCAUACCACCCUCUCCGUCAAUUCAGCUGGUUCUCCAGAGUGUACACCUUUGGGACCGCGGCUUUUAUUUGGAUCUGGUAAUAAAGGAUCUCGGAGUUGGGGCCGAGGAGGCACCACUCGACGAUUGUGGGACCCAAACAAUCCUGAUCAGAAACCUGCUUUAAAGAGCCAGACACCCCAGCUACAUUUUUUGGACACUGAUGACGAAGUUAGCCCUACAUCUUGGGGUGACUCACGCCAGGCCCAAGCAUCUUACUAUAAGUUUCAAAACUCUGACAACCCCUAUUACUACCCUCGUACACCAGGCCCUGCUUCCCAGUAUCCUUAUACAGGCUAUAGCCCUCUGCAGUAUCCAGUGGGCCCUACGAAUGGUGUAUACCCAGGGCCUUACUACCCAGGCUACCCGGCUCCAUCAGGACAGUAUGUUUGUAGCCCUCUCCCUACCAGCACCAUGAGUCCUGAGGAGAUGGAGCAGCACAUGAGGAACAUGCAGCAACAGGAACUACACAGGCUUCUCCGGGUGGCUGACAACCAGGAACUGCAGCUCAGCAACCUGCUCUCCAGGGACCGCAUCAGUCCUGAGGGCCUGGAAAAGAUGGCUCAACUCAGAGCUGAACUGCUGCAGCUUUAUGAGCGCUGUAUUCUGUUAGAUAUUGAGUUCUCUGAUAAUCAGAAUGUGGAUCAGAUCCUGUGGAAGAAUGCUUUCUAUCAGGUGAUUGAGAAGUUCAGGCAGCUUCUCAAGGAUCCGAAUGUUGAGAACCCAGAACAGAUUCGGAACAGACUUUUGGAGCUCUUGGAUGAGGGUAGUGACUUUUUUGAUAGUUUGCUUCAGAAGCUGCAGGUUACUUACAAGUUCAAACUGGAGGACUACAUGGACGGUCUUGCCAUUCGUAGCAAGCCAUUACGCAAGACAGUAAAAUAUGCCUUGAUCAGUGCUCAGCGAUGUAUGAUUUGUCAAGGAGAUAUUGCUAGAUAUCGAGAGCAAGCCAAUGACACAGCAAACUAUGGAAAAGCGCGCAGUUGGUACCUGAAGGCCCAGCACAUUGCUCCCAAGAAUGGGCGCCCCUAUAACCAGUUGGCUCUGCUGGCAGUGUAUACGAGGAGGAAGCUUGAUGCUGUAUAUUACUAUAUGCGCAGUUUAGCUGCCAGCAACCCUAUCCUGACUGCCAAGGAGAGUCUCAUGAGCUUGUUUGAAGAGACCAAACGAAAGGCAGAACAGAUGGAAAAGAAGCAACACGAGGAAUUGGAACUGAGCCCUGACCAAUGGCGGAAAGGAAAGAAGUCUACUUUCCGCCAUGUUGGAGAUGACACAACUCGCCUGGAGAUUUGGAUUCAUCCAUCCCAUCCCCGGUCCUCUCAGGGCACAGAGUCUGGGAAGGAUUCCGAGCAGGAGAAUGGACUGGGCAGCCUGAGCCCCAGUGAUCUGAACAAAAGGUUCAUCCUCAGUUUUCUCCAUGCCCAUGGGAAGCUGUUUACCCGGAUUGGGAUGGAGACAUUCCCUGCAGUGGCUGAGAAGGUCCUCAAGGAGUUCCAGGUGUUGCUGCAGCAUAGUCCCUCUCCUAUUGGAAGUACCCGCAUGUUGCAGUUGAUGACUAUCAACAUGUUUGCUGUACACAACUCCCAGUUGAAAGACUGCUUCUCAGAGGAGUGUCGCUCUGUGAUCCAGGAGCAAGCUGCAGCCCUGGGCUUGGCCAUGUUUUCUCUCCUGGUGCGGCGCUGUACCCACUUACUUAAGGAGUCUGCCAGAGCUCAGCUGUCCUCUCCUGAGGAUGAGAAUGACCAAGAUGACAUCAAGGUAUCUUCCUUCGUCCCGGACCUGAAGGAACUGCUCCCUAGUGUGAAAGUCUGGUCAGACUGGAUGCUCGGCUACCCAGACACCUGGAAUCCUCCACCCACAUCUCUGGAUCUGCCCUCACAGAUUGCUGUAGAUGUGUGGUCGAUGCUGGCUGAUUUCUGUAACAUAUUGACCGCGGUGAAUCAGUCUGAGGUGCCACUGUACAAGGACCCGGACGAUGACCUCACCCUUCUUAUCCUGGAAGAGGAUCGGCUUCUCUCGGGCUUUGUCCCCUUGCUGGCUGCCCCUCAGGACCCCUGCUACGUGGAGAAAACCUCGGAUAAGGGAACAGUUCAAGAAGAGCAAGCUGUACCCUGUCCUGGAGAGCCCAGACUCCUAUCUGGCUUUGUUCAGAAUAUCCAAGCUCAGGAAGUGCAGGUUAUUGCAGCCGACUGCAAAAGGGUCACAGUGCUGAAGUAUUUUCUGGAAGCCCUUUGUGGACAAGAAGAGCCUCUGCUGGCAUUCAAGGGUGGAAAAUAUGUGUCAGUGGCACCCGUCCCAGACACCAUGGGAAAGGAAAUGGGAAGCCAAGAGGGAAAACAACUGGAAGAUGAGGAAGAAGACGUGGUGAUUGAAGAUUUUGAAGAAGAUUCAGAGGCUGAUGGCAGUGGAGGCGAGGAUGACAUCAGGGAGCUUCGGGCCAAGAAGCUGGCUCUGGCCAGGAAGAUAGCUGAGCAGCAACGUCGACAAGAAAAGAUUCAGGCUGUCCUGGAGGACCAGAGUCAGAUGAGGCAGAUGGAGCUCGAGAUCAGACCUUUGUUCCUUGUACCAGACACCAACGGCUUCAUUGACCACCUGGCCAGUCUGGCACGGCUGCUGGAGAGCAGGAAGUACAUCCUGGUGGUGCCCCUCAUCGUGAUCAAUGAGCUGGAUGGCCUGGCCAAGGGGCAGGAGACAGACCACCGGGCUGGGGGCUAUGCCCGUGUGGUACAGGAAAAGGCCCGAAAGUCCAUCGAGUUCCUUGAGCGGAGAUUCGAGAGUCGGGACACUUGUCUACGAGCCCUGACCAGCCGUGGCAACGAACUUGAAUCCAUCGCCUUCCGCAGUGAAGACAUCACUGGCCAGCUGGGUAACAACGAUGACCUGAUCCUCUCCUGCUGCCUCCACUACUGCAAAGACAAGGCUAAGGACUUCAUGCCCACCAACAAAGAAGAGCCUAUCCGGCUACUGCGGGAGGUGGUGCUGCUGACGGAUGACCGGAACCUGCGUGUGAAGGCGCUGACAAGGAAUGUGCCUGUGCGAGACAUCCCAGCCUUCCUCACAUGGGCCCAGGUGGGCUGAGGGGGCCCCACCAGGGCCCACUCCCAUGGAACCGAUCCUGAGAGGCCACCAGGCGCCCAGUGUAGCACGGAAGAUGCCCACGUGCCUGAGCCACCAGUCCACCCUGACAAUAAACCAUCAUCCUCUUCCAACCCACGCCGUAGCCGUGCUGUGGGGGAGCUGCUCCUCACAGAGCCCCUCCCAAGGGUUGGGCAGAAGCUGCUGGGACCCUCCUGGGCUGCCAAGAUUUAGUAGGGAGGUGGCUGGCCGCAGUGACAGCAGGUGGGCAAGCCAGAGAGGCUGCCCAUGCUCUCAGUCUUUCUUCCUCCCCCUCUCUAGUUCAAGGGCUGGGGGAAGGCAUUCUCAGCCACUUUCUCAGGUAGAGAUGGGGCAGGGGGCUUAGAGUUUUCCAUCAGAUGCAGGUGAAAUCACAGUUCCCUUUAAUCUUUAGAACCCCUGUGCUGAAUGUGUCCAAGAGGCUUGGUCAUACCAUGAAGAGAGUGCCUAGGGUGUGUUUCUCUCCCUGAGGCCUGGAUUCCCCCAUGGACCCAAGUUGGGUUCUGGACAACAUGUCCCAAGUAGCAGCCCUAGGUCCCCACUUCUUCUACCCCAUUCCCACCCAACACACACAUUCAUCCUGCUGCUCUUCUUCCUGCCCUUAUCAAUCUGGGUCCAUAGCACUUUGCCACUUGUUUUCCCCUUGGAUGGUCAUGGGUCUAGAGGGAAGGGACAUCUGGUCUCAGGUCCAUGCUUCCUGGGUGGCCUUUUCCUGCUUCCUCUCUCCUCUUUGGCCUUCCUUUUGCUCUAGUUCCCACUGUAAGAAAUUUCCUCACACUUUUCUCAGUUCUCCCCUCCACUCUCCGUGACCUCCCUCCCCCCAAGUCAUCCCCAUCACCAUCUUUCCCUUUCUAGUUGAUCUCUCUCACCUCCCUGAUCCCCUUAAUUUCUUCACCUCAGUUCCUUGCCAUAGAGGUUCUCAUUCUGAAUCCCUCCUCUGGUACAUGUGGCAGGAACCUAAUAAAGCUUUCCCACUCCUGACCUUCUUUCUCAGGCUCCUGUGCUCUGAGAAACUUGCAGGCUAAUGCCUGGGAGGAGGACUGCCUAGCCUGGAGUUUGCACUGUUUCUAGCUUUGCCCUAAAACAACUUGACACAGGGGCCCUUUGGCCUUUUGAAUUUUUUGUUGCCUCUUUAGCUGGCACCUGUGUUCAAAGCUUCACUCUGGAGGCUUCCUUCUGGGAAUGCAUUCUCCCAACCCAGGGACAGGGAUGAGGGCCACUUAGGAGAAGACUGGGCUUUGAGGAGAAGCUGGGAGUAAAUUUUGAUGGGACCAGUGGGGAAUCCCCCAGAGUCCCCUGUCUGACUGUAUAGCCUGCCCAGAGGGUGGGAGCAAAGCUGUGCCCUCUCAAGGCCCAAGAUUAUGCCAGAAAGCCAAGGGACUGCAUAGGAGAGCCACGGCCAAUGGUUUGGGGGUAUGAAUCCCCCAGGGCCUCAGAAGACUGGGCUCUUUGGGGUACAGGAUCCCCGACCCCUCCUUUGAAAUCCUCUACCCUGGAUGAAGGCCGAUGACUGGGUGGGUCAGAGACCCCAUCUCUCCUUUCUGUCCCAUUUGCAGCACUGGUUUUGUUUCCUCAAUAAAUUUUUAGUUAUGAAACAUA